CUGCAUAGUACUGGUUAGCGACCUCUCAUAAAACCAUAUGGGGUGCUUUCCCGACGCUGAUCCCGUCCCUACCUGAAAAGCGAAAAAGAAAAACACGAACACCUGCCCUUUCUUCAUCUUCCCCUUUAGAAAUCUAACCUAACCUUGAACCUAACAUACUCAUUUCAUUGCCUAUGUCUUCGAGAAAGCAGGGUGAUUGAUUCAUCAACUUGCUUGAUCCCCAGUAUUCCCUCAUUCCCUCAUUUUCAUCAUUUUAUCUAGUAAUACCUAGACCUGCCUGAACUUUAGGCUGCAUUCGCUAUUAAUUCUUCGUUCGCCUGUGGGGGAACCUAGAUUUCGCGUGGUCCCUGGAAACUUACGUGUCCGUGUACCGACCGGUUACAGAGUCAACGUCAACGCAAGCUUCGACUGAAUCAAAAAUAAGCACCAUCGUUUAUCGGACUGUCAUUUAGACUUCAGAUAACGGCUGGUGUAGCCGACCGUCAAGAUGGCAUACAACGGUGGACACGACGAGUACAAGCAUGGCGGUGAUGAGUACAGCGGACACAACCUUCAGGAUAUGCCCGCUGGCAGCACGUACCAUCUACCUCCUCAUGAUCAAGAUGAAGAUGAAUCCCAACGUCAUCUCUUAGGCCAAACUCCUGGUCUUCACUACGAACAAGAUCGGUUGGGCGCACACAGUCCUCCUGCACGCCCAGUCUCUGCAUACAGUCUUUCGGAAUCGUAUGCUACCAGUGCACCUCCUACUACCCAGUCACCCGCGCCUCAGUAUGGUAGCGAGUACGCCGGUGGCUAUGGUGGACACCAGCUUGAGGAUACUGGCUUCGGAUACGGCAGACCCGCAUCUACCGUCGACAGUGAUGAGAGCUGGCUUCGACGUCAGCAACCUGGUGGUGCCGGCGGUGGUGGUUUGAAGCGUUAUGCCACUCGAAAAGUCAAGCUGGUUCAAGGUUCCGUUCUAAGUGCCGAUUAUCCUGUUCCCAGUGCUAUCAAGAACGCCGUCCAGGCCAAAUACCGGGAUGCCGAGAGCGGCAGCGGUGAGUUUUUGAACAUGCGAUAUACCGCCGCUACCUGCGAUCCCAACGACUUCACUCUGAAGAACGGUUACGAUCUCCGGCCUCGCAUGUAUAACAGACACACAGAGCUACUGAUUGCUAUCACCUACUACAACGAAGAUAAGCAACUGUUUGCCCGAACACUUCACGGUGUCAUGCAAAACAUCCGUGAUAUCGUCAACUUGAAGAAGUCCACUUUCUGGAACAAGGGCGGUCCCGCCUGGCAGAAGAUUGUCGUCUGCUUCGUUUUCGACGGUAUUGACAAGGCCGAUAAGGAAACCCUGGAUGUCUUGGCCACCAUCGGUGUCUUCCAGGACGGUGUCGUAAAGAAGGAAGUUAACGGUAAAGAGACCGUUGCCCACGUCUUCGAGUACACCACGCAGUUGUCUGUGACGCCUAACCAGCAGCUCAUUCGACCUGUGGAUGAUAGUCCCCAGACGCUCCCACCCGUCCAGAUGAUCUUCUGUUUGAAGCAGAAGAACACAAAGAAGAUCAACUCUCAUCGUUGGCUAUUCAACGCUUUCGGCCGAAUCCUUAACCCCGAGGUAUGCAUUCUCCUCGAUGCUGGUACCAAGCCGGGAUCCAAGUCGCUUCUCGCUCUCUGGGAAGGUUUCUACAACGACAAGGACUUGGGUGGAGCCUGUGGUGAAAUUCACGCCAUGUUGGGCAAGGGUGGCAAGAAGCUGAUGAACCCCCUUGUCGCCGUCCAGAACUUCGAGUACAAGAUCUCUAACAUUCUGGACAAGCCCCUUGAAAGUUCUUUCGGUUAUGUGUCUGUGUUGCCUGGUGCCUUCUCUGCUUACAGAUUCCGAGCCAUCAUGGGACGACCCCUUGAACAGUACUUCCACGGUGACCAUACCCUAUCGAAGAUUCUCGGACCCAAGGGUAUCGAGGGUAUGAACAUUUUCAAGAAGAACAUGUUCUUGGCCGAAGAUCGUAUUUUGUGUUUCGAACUGGUCGCCAAGGCCGGUUCCAAGUGGCAUUUGACAUAUAUCAAGGCCGCCAAGGGUGAGACCGAUGUGCCCGAAGGAGCUCCCGAAUUCAUCUCGCAGCGACGUCGUUGGCUCAACGGUUCAUUCGCUGCCUCUCUCUACUCUCUGAUGCACUUUGGUCGUAUGUACAAGUCCGGUCACAACAUCAUUCGCAUGUUCUUCUUCCACGUCCAGCUCAUCUACAACAUCGCAAACGUCACGUUCACCUGGUUCUCUCUGGCAUCGUACUAUCUCACAACAACGGUUAUCAUGGAUCUGGUCGGUACUCCUCAAGCUGCAAGUUCUACCACUGCGGAACGGCAUGGUUGGCCCUUUGGCGAUACUGCUACCCCGAUCAUCAACAUUAUUCUCGAGUAUGCGUAUAUUGCCUUCUUAAUUCUACAGUUCGUCCUCGCUCUGGGUAAUCGUCCGAAAGGUUCUAAGUGGUCUUACAUCGCUUCGUUCGGUAUCUUCGGUUUUAUUCAGCUCUACGUCCUUGUUCUAUCUGGUUAUCUCGUCGUCAACGCCUUCCAGCCGCAGAAUUUACCUCAAGGAGAAAGUGCUGGUGAUGCCCUCAAGGAUAUGUUCACUGGUCAAUCUGAAGUAGCUAUCAUCAUAUUGGCAUUGCUCGCGACAUUCGGUUUGUACUAUAUUGCAUCGUUCAUGUACCUGGAUCCGUGGCACAUGUUCCACUCCUUCCCGGCCUAUAUGAUUCUCAUGUCGACGUACAUCAACAUCCUCAUGGUUUACGCUUUCAACAAUUGGCACGAUGUUUCAUGGGGUACCAAGGGUUCAGACAAAGCCGAAGCACUGCCUGCUGCUCAGAUCGUGAAAGACGAAAAGGGCGAAGCUGCCAUCGAAGAAAUCGACAAGCCCCAGGAGGAUAUCGACAGCCAAUUCGAGCAGACCGUCAAGCGAGCUUUGGCUCCUUUCAAGCCCGAGGAGGAAUCGGAGUCCAAGGACCUCGAGGAUUCCUACAAGUCUUUCAGAACUUCGCUGGUCAUUUCGUGGUUAUUCUCGAACUGCGCUCUUAUUGUUGGCGUUACCAGCGACAAGCUAUCGACAUUCGGUAUCGGGGGCACUACAUCUGACAGAACGGCACAGUUCUUCAAGUUCCUGCUUAUCUGUACUGCCAUCCUCUCCCUAGUUCGUUUCAUCGGCUGCUGCUGGUUCUUGGGACGAACGGGUAUCAUGUGCUGCUUCGCCAGACGGUGAUCGUCAUGCGUCGGAGUGGGUUGGCAUGGUUAUCUACCUAAACGGCAACAACGUAAACGUAGUUGGGUUUCUACUAAGAAAUUAUUAUACCCCCUGAAAUGUGUGUACAAACGUGGGAGCCCAUAUCCAGGACCUGGCGUCGAACAGUUGCUUGUUUCUAAGCUGGAUAGAUGGGAUGAAGAGGGACUCGGAUUUGCAAAGAUACUAAGGGAAGGGGAAACCAGAAAAGUUGCGCGCAGCCUAUCUGCUGCGCCAAAUGGUCCGUUAGAUCGUGUGGCAUUGUCUUUGGCGUCGUUGAUUUCUCCUUUUAUAUACUCCUAAUGUGCCUAAACUGAACUGAAUAAUCAGGACACUUGAUAUGAAAUGGAUUCUGUUAAAUUUCAACGUUUGAUUAUUGCGACAUUUGUACAAUGUAUGCGGAUGUGAUUGAUUCAUGUAGGGUUUGAAUU